CGGCGUUGACUCGCGCAUGCGCGAAAGGGGAGCAGGUGACCGCGCAUGGCACCUCCAGUGUUUGCUCCAGCUCCGCCGCCUGGGUGGCUGACGAUGCCGAGCGGCGCGUCAGUGUGCGCGGCCACCACCACUGCAGCGCUCCGGGGGCGAGGAGGAGUAGAGCAAGACCACUGAGGACUGAUGGACGGCCCGCAGAGACGUUCCUUCCGGUGGUCGCUCCUCGGACUGCUGUGAAGACGACCCGGGUCGACACUUUGAUUGAUUUCUUCCAUCCUUGACAUCCUUCCUCGCAUCCUUCCUUCCUUCCUGGUGCUGAUGCAGCCGAGGAUGCUGACGAUGCUCUAAACAGGCGGCUGAGGUGAUUCGAUGGUGGUGGGCUUCGAGCGGACCGACACGGGGUCAAAGUCAAGAGGUACAAUUUUGUGUGACACUCUGCCAUUGACAGGAUGAUCGAGGAAGGCGGCAAACGAGGAAAGGCCACGGUGGAGAAGAGGCAGCUCUUCAUGGAGAUGAGAGCUCAAAACUUUGACGUCAUCAGACUGUCCACCUACAGGACGGCCUGCAAACUGCGCUUUGUGCAGAAGCGAUGCAACCUGCACCUGGUGGACGUGUGGAACAUGAUCGAGGCCUUUCGAGACAACGGCCUCAACACGCUGGACCACGGCGCCGAGAUCAACGUGUCUCGCCUGGAGACCAUCUUGUCCUCCAUCUACUACCAGCUCAACAAGCGGCUGCCCACCACGCACCAGAUCAACGUGGAGCAGUCCAUCGGCCUGCUGCUCAACUUCAUGGUGGCCACCUACGACAGCGAAAGCCACGGCAAGCUGACGGUGUUCUCCAUGAAAGCCAUGCUAUCAACAAUGUGCGGAGGCAAAAUUGUGGACAAGCUGCGCUAUAUUUUCUCACAGAUCUCUGACUCCAGCGGUGUGAUGGUGUUUGCCAAGUUCGACCAGUUCCUCCGCGAGGUGCUCAAGCUCCCCACCGCCGUCUUUGAGGGCCCCUCUUUCGGCUACACCGAGCACUCGCUGAGGACCUGCUUCCCUCAGCAGAAGAAGAUCGUGCUGAACACGUUUUUGGACGUGUUGAUGGCAGACCCUCCACCUCAAUGCCUCGUUUGGCUGCCGCUCAUGCACCGACUGGCUAACGUUGAAAACGUCUUCCAUCCGGUGGAAUGUUCGUAUUGCCGGAGCGAGAGCAUGAUGGGUUUCCGCUACCGGUGCCAACAGUGCCACGGCUACCAGCUGUGCCAGAGCUGCUUCUGGCGGGGCCACGCCAACGGUCCCCACAGCAACCAGCACCAGAUGAAGGAGCACUCGUCCUGGAAGUCUCCGGCCAAAAAGCUGAGCCACGCCAUCAGUAAAUCUCUGGGCUGCGUCCCCAUCGGAGAGCCCCCGCAUCCCGUGUUCCCUGAGCAGGCCGAGAGACCGCAAGAGCCCCCUCACACCGUUCAGCCCAAAGCAGCGGCCAACCGCAUGAGCGACACAGUGCUCGUGUCCUCCGGGGGGGCGGCCGCUCCUGCCAAAAGCGUCCUGGAGAGUCCCAGCCGGCUGGACGAGGAGCACCGCCUCAUCGCCCGCUACGCCGCACGCCUGGCGGCCGAGGCAGGGAACUCCACGCAACAAUGCCCUCCCUCAGACUUGAGUUUCAACUUUGAUGCCAACAAGCAGCAGAGGCAGCUGAUCGCAGAGCUGGAGAACAAAAACAGGGAGAUCCUGCAGGAGAUCCAGAGGCUGCGUCUGGAGCACGAGCAGGCCUCCCAGCCCACGCCGGAGAAGGCCCAGCAGAACCCCACGCUGCUGACGGAGCUGCGGCUGCUCAGACACAGAAAAGACGAGCUGGAGCGGCGCAUGUCAGCCUUGCAGGAGAGCAGACGGGAGCUGAUGGUGCAGCUGGAAGGACUCAUGAGGCUGCUGAAGGAUGAGGAACAGAAGCAGGCCUCCCAGUCUGGAGGCUCUCCUCACUCAUCCCCCAGCCACGGGGCAGGCUGCUCCAUGCCCAUGCCUAUACGCUCCACCUCAGCUGGCUCCACCCCCACUCACACGCCGCAAGACUGCCUGGCAGGUGUGGGAGGCGACGUGCUGGAGGCCUUCGCUCAGGGCGUACCUCGAAACCUGCGCAACGACCUGUUAGUCGCCGCCGACUCCAUCACAAACACCAUGUCGUCACUGGUGAAAGAACUCCACUCAGUGGAUGACGGGGCGGACGAGGAGGAGACCAACAUGAGAAACGGAGGGGAGCGAGGCACAAUGCGAGUACACAAGCAUUGAGCAGAGAAGAGAAGUCCAUCCCUGCAGGUCGCAGGUCAUCCACCAGGAACAAUCAACGACGACGACGCCCCCCUCCCCCCACACCAGGCAUUAGCACGUAGAUCAUGCAUGCCAUCGUCUCAGCUUAACAGGAAACGAUGUAGGCGGAGGUGUGUCAUUAGCCAGUGUGUUGUACCUGCUGUACUAAAAUUACCCCCGCAACCCCCUACCUCCAUCAUGUGACCACACCAACAUGGCACCUGCCUCCUGCCACAAGAUGGCCACCAGCCGACUGCUUUUUAACGUUUUUGGAUUUCUGCCCACCAAUUCAUCAGGCAGCCUAAGGUUCUACUAGCAUGCUAGCUAUCCCCCACCAAAAAAGAAAUGAAACACUGUUUUAAUGGUUCUCUGUGGAGCGGAAGACAGAGAAUGACCAGCUUAGCGACUAGCUUAGCAUCAGCAUCAAGCAUGGUGGCACACACAUGGAGCGGGGUUAAUGUUAGUUAGUUAGUAAAACAAGCUAGCAUUGGUCCUAAUAUAUCUUCAUGCUAGGGAAGUUAGCAUUCAUGACAGCAAGACAAAUACACAGUGUUGCCAACUCCUCAGUAAGGAAAGUUUCUGUUGGCCGUCUUAAACAAUGCACCAGUUCCUAUAGUAUGUGCACACGACAAGGAAGCUAACAAGCUAAAUAGUCAACAAGAGUUGUGGUUUAGAGACGUGCGAGUUAUGAGCGCGUCGUUCAAAACUUUGGAGUUUUUAACUGAAUCGGACUCACGGGCACUCGUCAAUAAUUCACCCAUGUUACUGCUAGCUACAUUUAAAAGGAGACCAGGUAACAGCGUUUCUAUAAAUGUAUUAGCUUUGUGGGGAAAGCAACACAACGCUUUCUUACCCCCUUCUUACUCCCAUCCCUGCCGGAGCUGCGUCACAGGCUCGACAAACUAAACCGUUCACUCGGCCCACGAGCUUCACUGACUCAUGGGUUGACAAAGAAUGGAAUUUCACUGACUCACGGGUUAAUGACGAUUCAAGUUUCACUGACACACAGGCUGACGACUCGAAUCUCAUGGACUCACAAGUUGACAAAGACUCAAAUUUUACUGAAUCACGGGUUGACGACUCAAAGUUUCACUGACUCAUGGGUUCGCAAAGCUUGGAAUUUCACUGACUCACGGGUUGACGACUCAAGUUUCACUGACUCAUGGGUUCGCAAAGCUUGGAAUUUUACUGACUCACGGUUUGAUGACUCGAGUUUCAAGUUUGUCGAAACAGCGCCGCUAGUGUUUUGGACCCGACGAAGAACCACGAAAGGAACAAUACAGCGUUUGAUUGGAUGCCACACUGAGACGCAUAAUGCAGCCUUAAGAACGUCAGAGCCCCCAAAAAUCUCCACUAACAUCCAGAAAAAGGAAAACAAUACUCACUAAGUUGGCAACACUGAGCACACAUACAGUAUGAUGCAUUCGAGAAGGCUGGGAACUGUGAAAUAUCCCACUCGAUUGCGAGGUCUGUCCUGAAAGCAACCGAGUAAAACACGGCCAACGACCAGAAUAAGCUAGUGUUUGUUUGUUUGGGAAUAUUUCAUAUGACCUGAACAUUCUCUAACUAUCACAUUCUUUCAGCUCUUUGCUAAAUGGGAGCAGGAGCGCCGACGGCAACAUCAACUGCAAUUUCGCAAUUUCCCAGUUCUCUUGAAUGCAGCGCGAACACAAACACAUCUGGCAGCCAUGUUGGAACGCUUUCAGUGUGACAACAGGGAUGGACAGGACAUUUCUCAGUCCAAAUGUUGAUGACAUUUUUAUUUAGAAUUUUUGCUUGCGCUGCACUGCUGCCCCCGCUGGCCAACGAGAGGCCUGCAAGCAACAACAACGAAGGCACCGCCUUCCUCACAGCCUCGCUUUUCACCCAUUUCAGCGCCUCAGGAUGUUUGCUAGGAGAUGACUUCUAUUUACCGUAGUUCUAUAGUGGGGGGGUCCAUACCCAUGCCAACAAUCCUUUUGGAUUCAAACUCUAAAGAGAAAAAAAAAGUGUUUUUAAGUUAAGCAAUAUUUUGGUGAAGCAUGUUGGAUAUCGUUUGUGUUUGUGUCUUUUUGGGGUCGGGUGGGGGUGCUAAAUGCAAAGGAUGCACAAAGGAAAAUACCGUAAAUGCUCUUAAUUAGAGGCAAGGCGUUUAUUUAGCUCAGCCGCAAACAAGACGUGGAAUAAUUACUCCCUAAGACAAGUUCAUUUUUUGACUUAAAUAAUGACUCGAGUGCACCAGAAAGCGGACAGAAAAACGUUGCUCUUUUUUGACCGCGUGGUCGCUUAUUAGGAAACAUAUUGCACACCACAGCAGCGACAGAACCAAUGUUGUGAUAGCAGCCAUGCUCCGCUGGGUGGAAGACUGAAUGUGAAAGAUGAGGGACAGGAGAGAAAUUGGCGGAACCGUCGCGGGGGAACUGUUGUUUGGAACCCGGUUUCUUUGCAAUGAACAUGGUAGUUGAUGUUGUUUUACAAACUCCAAACACGAAAGCUGUGAGGUUUUGCUUUGAUCGGUUUCUUGUUUUGUUGGUUUAGUAGCAGAAUCACACACAUGCACAAAAACAUUAAUGCAACACUUUUGGUUUUGCUCCCAUUUUUAAUGAGAUGAAGUGAAAGAUGUAAAAGUUGUUCCACAUCCACAAUAUCAGCAUUUCUCUCCAGUACUGGUGACAAAUGUGUCUAAAUGUGU